AUAGCGACCGCAAACCUUCACAGCCGCUAGUAGCUUUGUGGACAAAUUUUAUGUCGCGUGCGUUUUCCAUCGUAAGCCGGCUUUACUUGUGAUAAUGGAUGCUAAACUUCAACUUUCAGCCUCUAAAGUAAUUCCUAUUGCCUUCCCCAAAGGGAGGGAAAAGUUUUGUGAAGUUUGCCAACAAGCGGCGUACCUGCAAUGCACUAAGUGUAAAGUGACUUUUUACUGUCAUGCAGAUCACCAACAAACUGACUGGGUGGCGAUCCAUGGGAGGAUUUGCCAACUACUUGUUCCCAUCCGCACCUCGGCACUUGCCCUCCAGCAAUCUAGCCACGUGGAAAACCAGAUCAAAAAGGCAGAGCUGAUAGAAAUUUGCAGGUUAGUGGCUCAAGGGAAACUUUUGGAGGGUAAACACCAGGAGGCUCUGCUUGCUGCCCAGUUCUGCCUGCGCUGUUCUAUAGAUUUCCACGGCCCCUGUACUGUUCAACUGGUCCCUGCCUACCUGCUGCUGGCUGAGGCCAACAUGGGUUUGGAUGAUCUAGCCCUUGUAGCAGAGCACUUAUCCCUGGCAGAGUGGGUGGUGUUGAAAAAUCCAGAAUGUGGUCUCUCUGUCCGCCACCGUUUGCAUAGAAGCCUAGGCCGCCUCCACACAGCAACUGGAAACCUGGAAGAAGCUCUGUUUCACUUUUCAAAUGAUAUAUACCUUGCCAGUGAGGAGUAUGGUCUCGAUAGCACAGUCCUUUGUGGUGGCUACUUUCUGAUGGCGAAUGUGUUUGUCAAACAGGGGAAGAUCCCCGUUGUUCAUUCCUUAUACUCUGAGAUUUCAAACACUUGGCACAGUCAUCUCACCAAACUUCUUGAGACCCACAUGCAAAGCAUCCCAAAUCCUGCCAAUUUUUCAGCCUCCCCUAUUGACCAUGCCCAGCAAACGGAACUGGAUAAGAUGUUAAGAGCCAUAUUGGAGUUUGAGCAGAAUGACUGCAGAAAAGACUCAGCUCAGAUUGCACUGGUGGCCCACUGCCUCGCCAUGCUGUGGUUCAUAGGGGGGGAUUCCCUAAAGGCAGGGGGAUUUGCCAGCACAGCCCUGCAGGCCAGCCAGCUGAUACCAGAGCAUGACCUGACAGAACCCAUCCAGGGCCUGUUGCAGCUGGUGCAGAAUCAGCAGACAGAUGCACAACCUGGUUCUCACUAGUCAGCACCCUUCUCCUUCCUUUUCUUAUUUGGAGAUGUGAUCUACUUGGACAUCACUUUGAAUAUAUAGGGAUAAAAAUGAAUUUCUUAUAAAUAA